AUGGCGCGCCUGCCCGCUGCCAAACAUUCGCCGCCAGUAUGCGAGACCGACGAAGCGUCAGCCCAUGGUCAGACGGCCACUGCUGAGCCUCAGCGGUCACAGAGCUCAUCUGCUUUACACGAAGACCGCCUGACAAGCCAGAGCCUGGACAAGGGCAAGGCGAGAGAGGUGGAUGGUACGCACACGAGUGCAAAAGGGAAACGAGCAUUGGAUAAGCAAAGCUUGGAUUAUGUCCUCCGCAGUGGUGUGGCAGGUGGUGUGGCAGGGUGUGUGGUGAGUCAAUUUGGAAGGAAGGCGGCCAUAGAUCCAACGAUGAUUGUGAAGGUCACUAGAACUAGGUAGAGGGCGGCCAACUCGACGAGCGAGGAGAGUGCACCUUUGAGGAGAGUGCUGAACGCAGCUUCGACCGCCAGAGGGUAAGACCAGACAAGCUAGCUCCUUUGUGUGGUCCUCUGCGGGCUUUGAGCUACUCCGGAGGGCGGCUUGCCUUAGGACGGAAGGGUGCGGAGUGGUGCUUGGGGUUGAAGCUUGCCCUGGUUGUCUGAUAGCAUUGCAAUCGACCGAGCAUCCCAGCAUCACUAUUACCUCUAACUGGCGCCCUCUGAAUCCAAAACUCUCCGUGUAUGCAGGCCAAGACAGCGAUCGCUCCCCUGGAUCGGGUCAAAAUCCUCUUCCAAGCACAAAAUCCAGAGUUCCAGAAGUAUAGCGGUGAGUUGGCAGCGCCACCAUCUGCUUGAUCGUGUGAAUCCUCAUACCGUUGCUCGCCGCGCGUCUACACCUCACAGGUAAAUGGACCGGAGUGUUUACAGCUGCAGGUUCUAUUGUCAGAGAUCAAGGACCCACAGCGCUCUUUCAAGGUCAUUCUGCUACACUGCUGAGGAUAUUUCCCUACGCUGCUAUCAAGUACAUGGCGUAUGACAGGAUGCAUUUCGUGAGUCGAACUGGAAGAUCACUGCUCUCCGAUUGAAGAGGGUGACCUCAUCUGUGUAUCUCUGUCACUUCCUUGCAGCUUCUGAUGCCAACGCCCGAGCAGGAGACAUCGACCCGCCUAUUCCUUGCAGGCUCCACCUCAGGUGAGUGGGAGGCCUGUGCUGGCUAUUGCCGCUCUUGGAGCUGUAGCAUAGCUGAGACUUUCUUGGCGGGGGAACGCAGGGGUGCUGUCAGUCUUCUUGACGUAUCCGCUCGAAUUGAUACGGGUGCGGUUAGCAUUCGAGACGAAGAGGAAGAAGAGUUCAGGGUCGCUCAUGCGGAUAGUGCGAAAGAUCUAUACCGAGGGGAGCACCGAGGCGCCUUUCUCGGGAGAUGCACGUCGAAGAGCUGGUCGGCCUGGAGCUGCUGUUGCGAGCUCAUCAGCAGCGGCGGGAGCUGCGAAUGUCGCUUCUGGUACAUCGGCGCACACAGCAGCGUCGGCUGGCUUGACUACCAGUGCUGUUCAAUCACAAGCCAUUGCAGCCGGAGCAACCGCUGCAUCGCCAGUGCCACCAGCCCCACCGACACCGACAGUAAAGGCAGGAGCAGCUAUGUUAGCACGCAUGCCACUCUUGAAGUUCUAUCGAGGCUUUAGCGUUACAGUGCUCGGGAUGGUCCCAUAUGCAGGAACAUCUUUCCUAGUAUUUGGGCGGUGUAAAACGCUGCUUCAAGGCGCAUUCCCACAAGAGUCUCCGAACGAGCCGUCAUCAUUGAGAGCGAGAAGGAAAUGGUGGUGGCCUUCCAAGACGAUGGUGGAUCUUAG